GCAGACUCAAUUGAUGAACAAUGAACAUGGUGCAUGUCCAAUGCGAGCAAGUUGUUGGAACGCGUCAACAAUCAAGAUGCUCUCUGCUUGCGCCCUUCACGAGACGCCCUGCUUGUCUUCCCUCUUGUCGAAGCUGGUGAAUCGGAAUCGCCUCCCCAAAGCUCUGCGAUCGGUGCCUCCCCUCGCUGCCCGGCGUCACCUUGCAUCCAUCCCCCUGAACUCCCAAGCAAUCCAGGCCCCCCUUUCAGAACAAGUUUCGAGGCCCAGCUCAAUCUGUAAACGUCCUUAUUUCCAGCCGCCUUCCCUGUCUGGAAGGCUUGAUUUCUGUGGCAGUAACUUGGGUCUGCGCAGUCAGAAAACAAUUCACUGCUUAGGAAGAGACCGGCAAAUUGUUGGACUUCGGAGUAUGGCGACAACCAGUGCAGGAUUGGCAGGGGCUGCGAAUGCAGAAAGCUCGCAGCACAAGCACACAAACCGGCUUGCAAAGGAAGAGAGCCCAUACCUGCUCCAGCAUGCGCAUAACCCAGUGGACUGGUACCCAUGGGGCGAGGAGGCAUUCGCCAAGGCAAAGGCGGAGAAGAAGCCCAUCUUUCUGUCUGUGGGCUACAGCACAUGCCACUGGUGUCAUGUGAUGGAGCAUGAGUCGUUUGAGAGCGAGGAAGUGGCGGCAAUCAUGAACGCCGACUUUGUCAACAUCAAGGUCGACCGCGAGGAGCGUCCUGACGUCGACAAAGUGUACAUGACAUACGUGCAAGCCACGGGCACUGGAGGGGGGUGGCCCAUGAGUGUGUUUCUGACCCCCGAUCUGGUGCCGUUCUUUGGCGGUACAUACUUUCCUCCUAGCGACUCGUUUGGGCGGCCAGGCUUUAAGUCCAUGCUGAGACGCAUCAAGGAGGUGUGGGACACCCGGCAGAGCGACCUGGUGGAGAGCGGUGCGAGCGCGAUGGCGCAGCUUGCCGAGGCGACUGAGAACGUGGCCAGCUCGCAGGAGUUCCAGGUUGCCACGGCGCAGCAGAUUGUCGCCAAGGGUGCAGAAGAUCUGGCCGCGCGUUAUGACAAGAAGCGCGGCGGCUUCGGGAGCGCGCCCAAGUUUCCCCGCCCCGUGGAGAUCAACCUGCUCUUCCGGCGCCUGCUACGGCUGACGGAGAAGGGCGACAAGACGAGCGACGCAGUUCGCGAGAUGGUGCUGCACUCGCUGACGGCCAUGGCGCGGGGGGGCAUCCACGACCAUGUGGGAGGGGGGUUCCACCGCUACUCCGUCGACGAGUACUGGCACGUGCCCCAUUUCGAAAAGAUGCUGUACGACCAGGGCCAGCUGGCCAACGCGUAUCUCGACGCGUUCCUAGUUACACGCGACAACUACUACGCACAGCUGGCGCGCGACAUUCUCGACUACCUGCGGCGGGAUAUGACGCACCCCGGGGGGGGCAUCUUCUCCGCUGAGGAUGCAGACAGUGCGGACGUGCCGGGGGGCAAGAAGAAGGAGGGCCUGUUCUACAUCUGGACGGAAGCAGAGAUCGAGGAGGUGCUAGGCCCCGAGCGCGCGCCCCCCUUCAAGGCGCACUACUACGUGAAGAAGCAGGGCAACUGUGACUUGUCGCGAAUGAGCGACCCGCACCACGAGUUCGGCGGCAAGAACGUGCUCAUCGAGCGAACUAGUCUGGAGGAAACCGCGAAGAAGUUCGACAUGGACGUGCCCGCGCUGGAGCGCCAGCUGGCGGAGAGCCGGAGACUGCUGCACGGCCGCCGGGAGCAGCGGCCGCACCCGCACCUUGACGACAAGAUCAUCGUAGCAUGGAACGGCCUGGCCAUGUCCGCAUUUGCCCGGGCGUCCACGAUCCUCAAGAAGGGCCCCGCCGAGAUGGAGUUCCACUUUCCGGUGGAGGGCACCCAGCCGUCAGAGUAUCUGCAGUCCGCGGUCAACGCAGCGACGUUCAUCCGGGAAAAGCUGUACGAUCCGGACUGCCGGACGCUGCGGCGCAGCUUCCGAGAGGGCCCGUCCGCAGCCGCGGGCUUCGUGGACGACUACGCGUUCCUGAUCAACGCGCUGCUGGACCUGCACGAGGCGGGGGCCGGUGUGAAGUGGCUCGACUGGGCGCUGGAGCUACAGAAAACGCAGGACGAUCUUUUCUUCGAUAAGGAGGGCGGCGCAUAUUACAGCAACGCGGCGGGCGACCCGUCCAUUCUGCUGCGCAUGAAGGAGGACUACGACGGCGCGGAGCCGAGCGGGAACUCCGUCGCGGCCGGCAACCUGCUGCGGCUGUCCAAGAUUAUCGCGGGGGACGCGGGGCAGGAGUACCGGAAACGGGCGCUGCAUACCAUGGCCGUCUUUGAGGACCGCCUGAAGACCCUGCCGAUUGCGCUGCCCCAGAUGUGCUGCGCGCUGGACCUGUACGCAUCCCCCUCGGAGCGCCAGGUGGUGAUUGCGGGCGCACGCAGCGACGAGCGUGCGCUCUCGCUGCUGCAGGCUGCGCACAGCGUGUACGAGCCGGACAGAGCGGUCCUGCUGAUUGACGAGGACAACGAGGAAGACCGCGCCUUUUGGUCGAAGCACAACGAGAUGGUUCUCAAGAUGGCCAAGAAAAAGGACGGGCAGCCGCAGGCGUACGUGUGCCAGAACUUCACGUGCCAAGCGCCCACUGCGGACCCGGCCAGGGUGGAGGAGCUUCUACGGCAGCCGCUGUCCGGGUCGUCGUCGCCCAAAAUGGACAAAAUAGACCUCGGAGCACUUAGGUCUUAGAUGCCGCUUAUGUAUGUAUAAAGGGGUACUAAUUCUCGAAAGGUUUUGUUCAUGAGGAGCGAUGUUAGAAUGAGAUCAUUAUAAAGGAAUUUGGGAAAACGGGUACGAGAAGAUUUACUGCACUGCCGUACGUAGUAGCAGCUUGAUGAACUGGUCAAUUGUGCAUUCUAGUCAAGCACGAAUUUGCAACACUAGCUUACCGAGAUAGCUGUGGGUUCGUCUCAUAGCGCAGGUCUUGUUAAUGUCAUUCAAUCAUGAGUCGUAAGUGGCUUAACAUAUUGCUUACGUUGUCUAUUCAUGUAGCUAAGUGUCGUCAUCAUGCAUAUAUAUAUUCUCGACUGAGAACAGAUCGCAUCACCAGGCUCCGAUCUGUG